AAGUGGUCAAGUUGUGAUUUGAAUUCAGGCAGUCAGGCUCCAGAAUCUGCAUACCGAACCGCUGUGAUAAACCUCCUCCAAGAACAAGGCAAGAUGUGCAUAUAAACCAAAGGACAGAAAGAUUUUUAUAUUGGACUAUAAUCUAGUAUAGUUCUUUUCUGGUGAUUCCCUGGCCAAUGGCUAAUCUGUCGACUUGAAUGCCUGUGGUCUUCUUUAUUUUCAGUCAGCUUGCACACCACGUCCGGGUGAUCUUCCCCAAAGGUUACUUUAUGGAAUUGGGCCCUUAGAGAACAAGAAAAGACUGAAGUUUUACGGGAAAACAAAUCAUGUGGUCUUCAGAUUCUGAAAUAAGGAGAAAUGCAGCCAUCUGAAAUGGUCAUGAACCCCAAACAAGUCUUCCUCUCUGUGCUGAUAUUUGGAGUAGCUGGGCUACUCCUCUUCAUGUAUUUGCAAGUCUGGAUUGAAGAACAACAUACAGGGAGAGUGGAGAAGAGAAGAGAACAAAAAGUAACUUCAGGAUGGGGACCAGUGAAGUACUUGCGGCCUGUACCCAGAAUCAUGAGUACAGAAAAAAUCCAGGAACAUAUCACCAACCAGAACCCCAAGUUUCACAUGCCUGAGGAUGUACGAGAAAAAAAGGAAAAUCUUCUACUCAAUUCUGAGAGAUCUACUAGGCUCUUAACAAAGACCAGUCAUUCACAAGGAGGGGAUCAAGCUUUAAGUAAGUCCACAGGGUCACCAACUGAGAAGUUAACUGAAAAACGUCAAGGAGCUAAGGCUGUUUUUAACAAGUUCAGCAACAUGAAUUGGCCAGUGGACAUUCACCCUUUAAACAAAAGUUUAGUCAGAGAUAAUAAAUGGAAGAAAACUGAUGAGACCCAAGAGAAACGAAGGUCUUUCCUUCAGGAGUUUUGCAAGAAAUACGGUGGGGUGAGUCAUCAUCAGUCACAUCUUUUUCAUACAGUAUCCAGAAUCUAUGUAGAAGAUAAACACAAAAUCUUAUAUUGUGAGGUACCUAAGGCUGGCUGUUCCAAUUGGAAGAGAAUUCUGAUGGUACUAAAUGGAUUGGCUUCCUCUGCAUACAACAUCUCCCACAAUGCUGUCCACUACGGGAAGCAUUUGAAGAAGCUAGAUAGCUUUGACCUAAAGGGGAUAUAUACCCGCUUAAAUACUUACACCAAAGCUGUGUUUGUUCGUGAUCCCAUGGAAAGAUUAGUGUCAGCCUUUAGGGACAAAUUUGAACACCCCAAUAGUUAUUACCAUCCAGUAUUCGGAAAGGCAAUUAUCAAGAAAUAUCGACCAAAUGCCUGUGAAGAAGCAUUAAUUAAUGGAUCUGGAGUCAAGUUCAAAGAGUUUAUCCACUACUUGCUGGAUUCCCACCGUCCAGUAGGAAUGGACAUUCACUGGGAAAAGGUCAGCAAACUCUGCUAUCCGUGUUUGAUCAACUAUGAUUUUGUAGGGAAAUUUGAAACUUUGGAAGAAGAUGCCAAUUACUUUUUACAGAUGAUCGGUGCUCCAAAGGAGCUGAAAUUUCCCAACUUUAAGGAUAGGCACUCUUCCGAUGAAAGAACCAAUGCUCAAGUCGUGAGACAGUAUUUAAAGGAUCUGACUAGAACUGAGAGACAAUUAAUCUAUGACUUUUAUUACUUGGACUAUUUAAUGUUUAAUUAUACAACUCCAUUUUUGUAGUUUGCAUUCAUUUUCUAAAACCCUGUAUAUACUUGAUGAUAAGUUCAAAUCAGCUGUAAUUUUUCUAUAAUUCUCUGUAUGACAGAAAUUUAACUAAGUGCAGUUGUCUUGAUUUAAUGUAGAUUUUUACCAAAUAGUAUGACACCAAUUGGCACAAAGUUAUAGGAAAAUCACCUACAGGAGAUGUAAACAACUUGAGUUGCUCUAAAAUGUUUGGAAAAGAGCUGCUUUUGCAUUAUGAAUUAUAUUGUUGAAGCAAUAACCUAGCCAGCUGUUGCAUUAGCUAAAGCAGCCUCUUGCAAUGGUAGGAAAAAAGGAUCUCAAAUAGCAUGAGUGUAUGUCUAUAUCCUGGAAUUUAUUGUCUAAAAUGCAUGAAUAUAUUUUUAGCAGUCUGUGGCAUAUUAAUCAAACUGUUGAAUUGUUUUCUUACACCCUGGUAAUCUUUCUGUCAACUAUAAUGAUAAAUCCAUUUUGAAGUGAUAUUUUGGACUUAGGCAUUUUACUUUAGAUUGGAAGGCAUUAUGUGAUUUACAAUAUGAGAAUAUAGCAGAAAAACCAGAUGAGGCUGUGGCUUUUUAUAUUCAACAGCCAAUAAAAAAUGCACAACAUGCUAAGAUCAAAGCAACAAAAGCAACCUUCUUCUUCCAGAAAAACUUAAGGGAAUUGAUUCUGUUUUCUUUCGAGCCUUCCACAAAGAGACAAAAUGAACACAAGCACUAACGGUCUACAGUUCUGAAGCAGGCAGUUGAGAACCUUAAGUCUCAUCAGAUAUAAAUGUGCUCCUAAUUCUGGUUUAAUUGAGCAGGGGGGAAAUUGUUUCAGGAUGGAAUAAUCAUCAAAAACAAAAGUUGCCAUUCUGAAUAUGGAACUCAAACAAUAACAAAGUUUUAUAAGUAUAUUAUUUGAAUCAAAGCAUCAUGUGCAUAGCUUUAUAUGUGGAAUAUGCCCUAAGAAUAGCUUUUGUUUUCAGUUUAAUUAUUCAGCUUAGGAAUGACUUUUUAAAAACUAAUAUACCACUUCAAAGAUAGGUUAUGUUCUAGAGAAUAAACAUAAAAAGAGCCCCUAGAAAUGUGUUUAAUAGGCUUAUGCAUAAGUAAAUUAAGGUAUUUUCUUGUUAAGUUUAAAUAUUCUAUACUAACAAAGUCAGAUACCAUUGCAUUCAAAUAUUAAAUCAAAGUCCUUAGAAAAAUAGGUCCAUGUGUCACCCUUAUGAAUAGUUGUAAUGCAUUUUGGAAUUUUUUUCCAAGGGAUCCUAAAUUAGAUCCCUUGGGGGAAAAAAAGGGAUCAUUUUGGAUGGGAAACAUUUGGAUGGGAAACCUACUUUAAUUGGUCGACUUUUACCCUGAGUUAAGAAAAUCACAAGUCUUUCAAACCCUGCUUAAAUGCUUUUCCUGAACAUCUUCCUCUUCCUAAGCUAUCAUUUUUUUCUUAUCAGUAAAUAUUCAGUAAUGGCUUUCAAAGAACAGUAGGUAUUAAUAGUUGAAUGUUAAUAGACCAAGAUAGUUGCAGUCUUACUUAUUUCAUUUUGAUUUUCUAUUUCAUGGCUGAGUAUUCAUGAAUUGCUUCACUCCUUACACACACCUGCCGUGUCCCAUCUGUGUCUCCCAAGGAGUGAGUAAACCGCAAUGGGCUGAGAGAUCAAAAGUAUUAAACCUUCUAAUCCAACCUUUUACUACUUUUCCAUGCCAUUAACUCUUGCCUCUAGACCAUACACUUAAGCUGUGCUCUCAGUUUUUAAGACGUUUUACUCUGGAGUAAUCUAAAUUACAUAAUUUAAAAUUUUGCUGCACCAUGUAGAGUAGAUUCCUAGUAAUUUCGGGGAAUUGAAAUUAUCUUUUUAUGGAGAGAGAAAAUAGAAAAUAUUCCAGAAGCCUGAAAUUUUAUUCCUAAGAAACACAAAACUUGCUUUAUAUGAAAUCCGCUAUAAAGAAUAAAGGCAAUUUCCUCAAAAGUAUUCCUAAAACUAUAUAAGGAACAGACAAAGAACUUUCAAUAGCUUUAGAAGGAAAAAAAAUGGAAACAACAGUCCUACCUCUCUUACUGGCAUUUGUAAUGCAUUGGGCAGGGUGGAAUGCAUACCUAUAUAAAUGUUUGGCUUUGAUGGUGGAGAGGAGGGAUGAGCGGAAGAAAAUGAUACCCAGUGUUCUCUACGGAAAGCUGUAAUGUACCUUUUGCUGUAUAUGUUCCUUUCCUGACCCUUUCCAACGAGCCCAUGUCACCAUGGGUCAUUCUUUUCCUAAAUGGGCUCUAUGAUGCCAAGUGACACCCUGUGUGGUUGCAAGUUCCAAAAGCCAUGCAUGUCUUUGUCAAAUAAGAACAAACUUUUUAUGUACCUGCUCUUCAUUUUAGAUGGCUUAUUUUCAUGUUAGGACCAAAGAAGCCAGUCAUCAUCCUGGAUUACUUGUGAGUUUAAAACCAAACUCCAUUUUUCUCUCCUGACUUAUUUGGCCUUGCAGACCAGCUCACAUUCACCUUUGUCAUUUCUGCCUGUGCAUAAAUCCAGGUGGGAACACCACUGUUCUUUAGGACCAUCACAAUUUCAUGAAUUUAAUUCCUAAAGGCAAGUGACCAAAUCCAGACUUAUCUUCCAGAUGUCCAAAGUUCCCAUUUUAACAUUAGGUGCAAUUAUAAGUCCUCCAAUUAAACCCUAAGGAUCCUAUUUGUUUUUAUAGGCAGCAGUAACACAAUGGGCAGACCCCUUCGCUCUGUUAUUCCCCUGUCUGGAAUUACUAUCAGGGUAACAAGUUGGCAAUUAAAUCCAAAACCACAGUUACGUAACCUGUAAACUAUCUAUAGAUGUGCAAUAUUGAUGUGAUUGUGCCCAGAAACUGCCAUAAACUUCAAUGGAAACAUAUGUACAGGACAUCCAGUUUUCGGAUUUUCUCAAACAUUUGGAAAUAUCCAUUAAUUCAAUGGAAAUGUGAGGCCACUUGCUAGAUGUCUAUAAAACAUUCUGUAACAGAAAAUAAUAAUAUUAUUAUCAUUAGGGAAUUAGUAGUUCUAAUUCAAGAACUACUUGUAUGUCGUUUUUAAUUAGAAAGAGGAAAAAUACUUUUACAUUUUAUUGAUGUAUUAUUAUUCUUAUCUCCUAAAAUGUAUAGUGGUUAGCAGAAGGUAUAUAUAAGAAGAUGCAGAGAAUUUUGAAUAUUAGAGUGCCCUUUGAAAAGAUCACUUGCUGAAUUAAUAGAACUUGGGAUUAGGCUAGGACUACAGUAAACGUCUCCCUCCUGUGCAUUCUCAUAUGGCCUCUCAGGGCAUCCCAGCCUCUAGGCCUUCAUGGGGCGUAGUGAAGCAGAUGUUUUGCCCAGGGCUAACCCUCCCAAGAUGCUCUGAUACUUGAAAAAGGAUUGGCCAAAGGCGUUUAAUUAUAGCUCAACUACCUGAGAACCUUAGGCCAAGGCUAAUUCAAUUUAGUCCUACAUUUAGGCUCAUACCUUCUCAAUCUCAAUCAUGAUCAUUAUACAGUAAUCGUAUGCAUGAUCCUAGCUAACACUUAUUCAAUACUUACUGGGUGUCAGGCACUCUUCAAGUAGUUUACAUGCAUUAAUUUAAUCUCCAUAGCCAGUCUAACAUAGGUACUAUUAUGUAGCCCUCUCCCUUUCCAUCUAUCAUAAAGGAAAGUAAAGCAGACUAUAGCUGAGUAACUUGCCUAAGGAGACAGAGAUGAUAAGUAGGUCAGAAGCCAUGAUGAAGCCAAGCAGCAAAUACCACUACCAAACUCUUUGCUUAGAAUAUUACAAACCAAUAUUUACUUUUGCUUUCUGUUACCUCUAUUCAGGAUAGGUAGAGGCAAAAACAAUAUAUUGGAAUCCUGAAAUUUUUUCCAUACAAAUAUGGGUGUCUCUGUGUGUGUGUGUGUGUGUGUGUGUGUGUGUGUGUGUGUGUGUAUUUAGCUAGUUAGUUACCACAUUUCAAAUCAGCUUAUUUCUUUAUUCCUGCUGAGUUAAACUGACAGGUUCAAAGACUUUGGAAGAAAUUAGGUUUCCUCCCCACAACUUUUUUGUAAUCCUUAGUUAAUCAUGGGAAACAAUGUUUUUAAGAAGAAAAAAUAGUCCCUGGAACAAAUUUAGCCUUAUGAAAACAAAAUAUCAUUUCUUUGACAAGAAAUUCCGGACAGCUACAAGACCGGUCAAGGAUAAGCAGAAUCUAAGAGGAAGAAAGUUCAGGCGAACUUUCCACACAUAGGCCCCUGACAGCCACUGCAGAUGGUCACGGUUCAGCAAGCUAGUCACACACAGUGAGAACCACUCCUGCUAGAAACAGAGCAACUGUGCAUUAUCCCCUUCUUCCUGAGUCUCCUUCCCUAGUACUAGUUUGUAGUCAGAUUACCCUGAGCCUACACGGGAAGACUGCAGAAAAUAAUAGAGGAGCAAGCUGACUUAAACUGACUGAAAAACACCAUGAAACCAGGUGAAAAUAAAUAAGCUCUUGCUAGAAGAUGGCAGACAUUUCCCAGGCCUGUGGACAUUACCUGAGGAAGGCCAGGUCUGGGGAGUUCAACAGAACAUUGCCUCAUAUCAUUUCAUUCUCAGAAUUUCCUAGUCAGUCACAUCUUAGUUUUUCACCAGGAUCAUAUGCUUCCAGGCAAAAGUAUUUAAAUCCAUUUAAGCAGUCAUCUUUUUCCAUCCCUAAACCUCUCCUCAAGUCUCACACUAUAUUUGGAAUGCUCCCCUCUCUAUAUAUCUGGACAUUCAUUUCUUGUUAACUCACCAAGGAAUCUCUUGAGAUUAUUCAAUUUCAAAAUCUCAUCUCUUUAUGAGCUCCCUGAUAGGCAGAAAAAGACAGCAGAGUUUUCCCCUGGUGUGACAUGCAUCAGAUUAUUCUCUUACCAAUAAAUGCAGGCAUUCCUUUCCUCGAUUUUUUUUUUGUCAGGGAGGUUCAUUAAUUUAUUUGUUCAUGUGCUAUUUAUCUCACUUUAUAUGAAUAUAAAAUAUCUGUUGUUGUCAUUGGAAUGUCUUAGGUCUUCCAAGAGGAAAGGAACUGUGUCUGUUGAAUGCACUUUGCACCAUGUCUAGCAAAGCACUCAGUGGAAAGCGUUACUUUAACAGAUGCUUUUGAUGCUGUUGUUUAAAGGUUCCUGUACAACUUCUUUUAGUGUAGAAUUUGUAUAUUUCUGCCUGUGACCUUCAGGCAUCUAUAGGACCAGAGGAUCUGACAGGAAGGUGCUAGAGCAGGGCAGCUGAGGGAAGGGAGCUGAGCCACACACCUUUUCUACACUAAUAGUCAUCCCUUGACCUGAAGGAUAGUUGCAGACACAGCAAUCGUUUACAUUUCUAAGAAAAAGCAGUUGCUUGAUUGCUUGGGGAAGAAAAUUUUGAGAAAAAUGCAUGAUUCUGGUCAAUAUAAGAGCCAUUUACUGAGGAUCUACUCAGUAACAGACACUGGAAAAAUACUUUGCAUACAUUCAUUUAAUGACAUGAAGAGUAAGUCUAAUCGUUUCCAAAAGUAGCUUUCAAAAAAAUCAAAGUCGAGUAUUUUUCCACCUAUCAUUUCAUGAAUGAGAAAACUGAGUAUCAAAGAGGUUUAAUAACAGUCUCUCUGGCUCCAAAGCUGAGACCAUACAUUGGCAGCCCAUGGGGUAGAUCUGGCUACAGAUAUGUUUGGUUUCGCUGACAGUGCAUUUUAUUUAACAUCUGAAUUAGCUGCCAACAUUGGGCCUCAUUAAUGACAGGGGAUUUGUUACCCUACAUUCUAUAUGCCUACCUGAAAAUAGUUGGACAGAGGCAAGGUCAGUCCCUUUAGAUGAGGUUGGAGAUCUCUAGUUGUUCACACUCUUCACUAAUCCACCAUCACUCAUUCACCUUACUUGCCUGGCCCCUAAGCAUCUCACUUUUCAAGUCCUGCUCUGAAGAGUGUAUUCCUUCCCCCGCCAAGCUUCCAAAGGAAAUCAACUCCUGAACAUUAUCCUUGACCCUAUUUGUGUUGUGCAGGUAGUGACGUUAUCCCAUUCCAGGUUUCCAUAUCCUUGCUCACAGUGCUGCUUGCCCUUUGGUCCUAUAUCCAGUGGGAUCUCCAAACAGUAUUUCAUUGUUUGGGGAAGUCUCUUUUGACCAAUGACAAAGAUGUUGGGAGAAAUCCAGUACCUUUUUUUGGCAUCUUUCUGUCAUAGCCCCUGGGUCCCCUGGCAACGACAUUCCUUCCCACCUCUUUCUGCAGAGAUGAGUCAUUCUCCCAAGCUCUUGGAGCUCUAGUAUCUAGGGACAGAAACUGGCUCCCACUGCUGCCUCUAGACUGCUGUUCUAUAACCUUCAUCCAAAAAUCUCUUCUGUUUUGCAGGUGUGCCCGCUUCCUCAACUCUGAAAAUCACCUGCUUCCCAGCCUUCUCUGAAGAUUCUUCUUUCUGAUUUAUAACAUGCCUCUCCACCCUACUUCCUGCUAUUAUCUGGGUGAUUGUAGCACCCCCCGUAACAUUCUACUCUCUUGCUUCUUAAUGCUCUGAUGACCUCCUCCUCCUCCUUUUCCCACCUCUUCCUCCUCCUCCUCCUCCCACUUCUAUACUUAGAGAGGUGGAGAAAACAGGAGAAGGGAUAACUACGACUUUUGUCCUCAAAUACCAGGAAAACUAGUAAAAUACACAGUAUCUCAUUUUAUGCAUUCAUUUGCUGAAAAUAUUUCCAAAGUUUAGAAAAAUGAUUUUUGGAUGUACUAUAUAAUAAAUAAAAAUGCACUCAGAAUGCUAGAGUGUCUACCAAUUUAAAAGAACAAUAUUAUUUGUUUGACUGUGAUUAUCCUUAGGAAAAAAUAAGCCCUGAUUUAACUUAUCAAUUUCUGAAAAAAUAGUGUAUGGACGACCUGUAUCAGAAUUAACCUAAUUUUUGUUAAAAACAUAUUCCCAGACCCCAUCCAAGAUACACAGAAUUGGAAUCUCUAUGAAAACCACCUGAAAAUUUCCUUUUUAAUAAUCUCUUGGGGUACUUCUCGUGUGUGUGUGAAUUUUUUAAGUCCUGGUUGAUUAUAAGUGAUAAUACAACCUGCUCUUUUCAUUCUGUCACUGUGUUGAAAAGUUAACAACUCUCAGCUCAGAGAAUUGUCAGUGGGUAUUGGUACCAAAGUCCUCUGUGGGAUUUUGACCAGCACUGAAGCGGAAACUUGGCGUCCGAAGUCUGCCAAGUGCAAGAACUAGAGCUGAAAUGAUGAAGUGAGUGAUGGGGACAGCACUGGGCACUGCCCAAACUUUUUGAAAGCUUUCAGAAUGAAAUGGGGAAAUGGAAACUUUCCUCUGUUUGAAAUAUAAAAGACAAAUGUGUACUGAAGGCAAUUUUGGCAACUCAACUUCACAUUGAACAAGUGAAGACAAUAUGAGUUUCUCCAAUAAAAACUAAAAAGCUGUUUUCAAAUUGACCUAAGAUGAUUGAAAAUGGAAAAUAUUUGCUAUUUGGGUUAUUAGUUUGAGAGCAAGUGCCCCAGGAAAUAUUUUGCAAUUUAACUUAAAUGGUUAUAAUGUACAUUUUCUUGAACUUCAUUAAAGGAUUUGUCUCUUUUUGCCUUUCUAUUAGGUUGAACCAUAUGACAUUGCCAACAUUUGACUGACUCUGACAUAUAAACACAGCCCUUUCAUAAGGGUCCACUAACAGUUCUGCUGCUACCUACCCAAUUCUAACCACAUUGGCUCUCCUCAGAACUAUUGGAAAUAGCCUCUGAAUAGAAGUCCUGCCUUUUUUUUAUUAUUUAUUUAAAAAUUACUUCUUUUCUCUUUGCAUUUUUCUUCUUUUGAUAUUUUUAAUUGUGGCAAAAUCCACAUAACAUAAAAUUUUAUCAUCUUACCAUUUUUUGGGUAUCCUUUUAAUGAAUAUUUUCCUAUCCCUCCCUAUCUGACCUAUUUUUUUUUUUUUUUUUUUUUUUUUUUGAGACGGAGUUUCACUCUUGUCGCCCAGGCUGCAGUGCAGUGGCACCAUCUCUGCUCACUGCAACCUCCACGUCCUGGGUUCAAGCUAUUCUCCUGUCUCAGCCUCCUGAGUAGCUGGGACUACAGGUGCACACCACCACACCCAACUAAUUUUUAUAUUUUUAGUAGAGAUUGGGUUUCACCACAUUGGCCAGGAUGGUCUCGAUCUCUUGGCCUCGUGACCCAUCCGCCACAGCCUCCCAAAGUGCUGGGAUUACAGGCGUGAGCCACCAUGCCUUGCCACCAUUUUUUAAGUGUACAGUUCAGCAGCAUUAAGUGUAGUUGUGCAAGCAUCACCACUAUCCCAUCACAUACCUUUCUUCCUUGUGAAAAAUGGAUACUCUGCACCUAUUAAACAACUUCACUUUUUGCCCUCCCCCAGUUCUGGCAACCACCAUUCUACCUUUUGUCUCUAUGAAUUUGAUAACUUAAAAUACCUCAUAUAAAUGGAAUCAUACAGCAUGUGUCUUUUUGUGACUGGCGUAUUUCUCUUAGCAUAAUGUCCUCAAGGUUCAUCCAUAUUGAAGCACGUACCAGAAUUUUUUUCUUUUUAAGGCUGAAUAGUAUUCCAUUCUCAUUGCCUGGCCUCAAUCUCUCAAGACUGUAACCCAUUCCCAGCUUAAUCACCUGAUAGCUGCAUCAAACCCACUAUUAUCCAGCCACAUUGAACCAUUACAUUCUCUGAAAACACCUCUUGCUUUUUCCCCUAUUUUGCUCACACUAUUACACGGCCCGAAGUGUCCUUUAUUCCUCUUUAAGGACCUCCACAUGGGUGCCCCCUCCAAGAGUUGCCUGCCUCGCAUGACCAUCCCACAUUCAGCUCGCUCUACCCUCUCUGCUUUGGGACUCUCUUCCACUCUCCCUGCUUUAGCUCCACCAUUAGGCUGAUGGUUCCGAAAUCUUUUUCUAGCCUAUGUUUCUAUCACGAACUUUGAUUCAGAUUCGCAGUUUCUUGUGGGACUGCUUCAUCUAGAUGUCUCACUGGAGCUUCCAACUCAACAUGACCAAAGCUGAACUCAUCACCUAACCCCCAAACCUGCUUUCUCCUUAUUUGGUGGCAACACCAUCCAUCUACUCCAUCUUCUGAGUUAGGAACCUAGAAGUCAACCCUGAUUUCUCCCUGAGCUGACUCCUCACAGACAAAGAAUUCAGAAAGCCCAUUAACUUCACUGCCUGACUUUUUCUCAAGCUUCUCCUCUCCUCCCAUCCAUUCUGCUAAUAUCUAAGUUCAGACUCUCACCUUCUCCUGUCUACAACUCUAUGAUAAUCUUGAACUUCUCUCCCACUCUCAUUUCCCUGAAUGCCAUCCUCCAUACAGCUGCCCUUGUAAUCACUUUAAAAUGCAAAUCCAAUUCCAGUUCUGUUUCCCACUAUACAUUCUAUAUCCUGCAUGAUCCCAAUUCUUCUCCAGGCAUAUUUCUGGCCAAUUUCUGCCUCCUGGCUUAAUCUCCAACAGCCUAGAAUGGACAUAAUACCCUAACAUUGGAUAGUUUUCUUCCUCCUGGGUCUACUCAGCUUUUCCCUCUAUUAGGGCACCCACCUACCCCACUUCACCUCCCCAACACUUCCUAAUCCCUAAACUCAGCUCAGGGAGGCAUUUGUCAUCUCUGCCUGGCUCAGAUGAGAUGCUCUGCCCUGAGCACUAUGAGUAAUUGGGAAGCAGGAUUCUAUGUAGGAUGGUUAGGAGCCUGGGGCUUGUCAUGAGUAAGAACUCAUGGGUUUGAAUUCCGUAUCCUCAACUUUCAAAUGUUGGGACCUCUGAAAUUGCUUUAACUUCUCUCAGUUCCAGUUUUCUCAUCUGAAAACUGAGGAUAGAAUACCUACCUAGUAAGGGGGGUAUGGGAAAUGCAUGUAAAGUAUUUAAUAAGUGCUCAAUAAAAUAAAACUAUUGAUUUAUCUCA